CACUCUAGAGCAACAAUCAAGUAAAAGACAGAAUACUUUACAAAUUACUGAACCUGAAAGUAAUGUUUUCACUAACAACAACAAUAAAGAAACUUUAGUUAUUAUGAACGUUAACCCUUUUUCACUUAAUAAAGGAAAGGGCAAAGAAGUUUUGACAGGUGAAAUAACUCUAGUUAUCACUUCUAAUCAA